GUCCCCACUUGCCCCGGCCGGGGGUGGGGGAGGAGCCGGAGGGGGAUCUCUACUUGUUCCGGCCCCGGGGGUAUCUAGAUCUUAGGGUCCCCCCGCUGCUGGGGGAGGCUCCGAGCCGGAGGGAGCAGCUGCCAGCGGCUCAGCGUCUCCCGUUCUCCGCGGACCCUGCGCAAACACGCCCCCUCUUCCACCAAUCAGCGCGCCCCACUCGUGAUUAUUAAUAAGGUGUCAACCCCUACACUACAAUACGGCAUAUUCCAAUUAGCCCCACCUACGUUGUAGGAAUGGGAACGGAACGGACCACGUCCGGCGGAAGUUAUAGUGGCGUCAAGCCACUUCCGGUAGAAGCGAUCGCUAGAUGGGGCACUUCCGUUGGAAGUGCUUCCUGGUAGGGAAGAUCAAGGAGGAAACACUUCCGGUGGUGCGUAGUUCGGUCCCGGGAUGGAGCCGGAUGUGGAGUCGCUGCCCCGCGGAGGUUUCCGUUGCCGCCUAUGUCAUGUGACUGCGGCCAACAAGCCCAGCCUACAAGAUCAUCUGCAGGGGAAGAAGCAUCAGCGGCUGGAGAGCUUGCGUGCCAAACGCCAAGACCAGGAGCUGCGCAGUGUCUUUGUCAGUGGCUUCCACAAGGGUACAUCAGCCCCUGAGCUGAGUGAGUACUUUCAGGCCUUCGGGGGCGUGGCCAGUGUGGUGAUGGAUAAAGACAAGGGGGUCUAUGCUAUUGUGGAGUUGCAAGACCAGGAAGUGAUGGAGAAGGUGCUGGCCCAGCCUGAGCAUUGCCUGGGGGGGCAGCGGCUGCGGGUGAAGCCCCGGGAGAAGAAGGAAUUCAAGUACAUGCCUCCCAAGAAGCAGGGAUCUGCACAUCAUGUACAACUGAGUCCUGAAAAGCUGAUCCAGGCACUGUGCCAGGCUGAUGAUGUGGAUGCCCAGAUGUCACAGCUGGUGCAGCUGUUUGAGCUCUCCGAGAGCGAGAGGCGGCUGCGACACCUACUGGUCACCCUGUUCCAGGAGGUUUUCUCAGAGUUCUUCCCUGGGUGCGCCAUCCUCCCCUUUGGCUCAUCGGUGAAUGGAUUUGACAUCCAUGGCUGCGACCUGGAUUUGUUCCUGGACCUGGAGAAAACAAAAACUUUCCAGGCAUCUGCCAAGGGACCCCAGGGGGCACAGGCCGAGGAGGGAGCAGGGCCAGACUCUGACUCAGAGGACUCCAUCCUGAGUGACAUUGAUCUGACAACAGCGACGGUGCCUGAGGUGCUGGAGCUGGUGGCAGCUGUGCUACGGAAGUGCGUACCAGGUGUGCACAGUGUCCAGGCGGUGCACAGUGCCCGCCGCCCUGUCGUCAAGUUCUGCCACAAGGACUCAGGGCUGCUGGGAGACAUCUCCAUCAACAACAGGCUGGCGCUCUGCAAUACGCGCUUCCUACAGCUCUGUACGGAGGCUGAUGAGCGGGUGCGUCCCCUGGUCUACGUGCUGCGCUACUGGGCCAAGCAGCAGGCCCUGGCAGGAAACCCCUUUGGGGGCGGCCCCCUCCUCAACAACUACGCACUGACCCUGCUGGUGCUGUUCUUCCUGCAGACGCGCAGCCCCCCAGCCUUGCCCACACUGGCCCAGCUCAGGAAGCUGACAGGGGAUGGGGAUCAGGCCAUUGUGGAUGGCUGGGAUUGCAGCUUCCCCCAGGACACGUCGCGGCUGGAGCCCAGUGCCAACACGGAGAGUCUGUGUUCCCUCCUAGCCGAAUUCUUCCGCGUCUUUGGGGACCAUGACUUUGCUGGCUGCGUGAUCUCGCUGCAGGAGGGCCAGGCGCUGCCCCUGCCCAGCUUCCUGCUCUCAGAGGUGGGUGCCAAGUUCAAGCUGGGUCCUUUCAACGUGCAGGACCCCUUUGAGCUGAGCCACAACGUAGCAGCCAACGUCAAUGAGAAGAUAGCACAGCGGUUCCAGCACUGCUGCCGGGACGGGGCCAAAUACUGCCGCAGCCUGCAGUACCAGCGCAAAUCCAGCAAGGGCAAGGCCUGGGGGCUGGUGCGGCUCUUCCAGCCAGGGGUGCCGGAGGCUGGGGAGCUGGGCCCCAAUGGGCUUCUCAUCACCAUCCCCUUCACGCUGAUGGCGCUCUCCCCUGGGAGCCGGCAGCAGCUGUGCCAGGCCAGGGACUUCGGGCGCUGCUGGUUUGACAAGGUUUGUGCCGCCAUCACCUUCGUGCUGAAGGAUGUGCUGAAGUGCAGCUGCAUGAGGCCUGCAGGGGAGCCCCUGGGGCAGGAGCCCACAGAGCAGAGUGGAGGGGAGCAGCCUAUAGUGGGAUCCAAGCACCCCCGGUCUGACGAGAGAGGAAGCUUGGUUGUCUCCCCAGCCAAGAAGAGGCCAAGAGUAGAGGGCCCAGCGCCAGAGGAGGAGGAGAGCGUGAGCUGGAGCUGUGCUAUGUGGCACCGUGUCUGGAUGGGCCGGCGCCGCAUCCGGCGCCAGCUCCGGCACCUGGGCAGCCCCCAGCCAGACACAGAGCAGGAGGCUGGCUCCCUGGAGGUGGAGGAGAAGGUGUCGGAGGCCAUAAUCCAGCAGGAGGGAGAUUCCGUGGGGGCAGAGCCUUUGCUGAGGUUCACGGCCUGUGCCCGGAUGGGCGGAGGCCAGGAGGACACACGGACCCUCCUGUAUUUCACCCCAGCCCCCCAGCAGGGCCCCCUGUUCCAGGACUUCUAUCACUUUCUGCAGGGCUUUCUGCCCAGGAUGGUGGAGCGGUAUGUGGGCAGAGCAGCUUGAGGCAGGGAGUGACCACUAGUGACAUCCAUGCCAGCACUCUGGGGGAUGCUAUUUUAAAUGGACUUUGCUGUGUCUGUACCAUGUGACUGGGAAGGGAAUAAAGGGCCUAGACAAGUGCCCCUCUGGGCUGUGCCUGUCCCGCUGCUUGGGGGGUGGGGGCAACUGGCUGGGGGCCUGGCUCGAGUGGGGAGCAGGCAGUCCCCAGCUGGAUGCAGGCCUGUCUCCUAUCUCCCUGCCCAGCCUUUUGUGAAUUUGCUGCUGUUUGUCCCCUCUGGUGCCCCAUAGAACUGGGCUUUGAAGGCCUGGCAGUAUUCUGCAUGCACAUUAUCGGGGAUGGGGCAGAUUCUUCAUUGGGGUGGGAGCGGACUAUCAGCAAUGGCCAAUGGGGCACGAGUGGUGAGUAUAUAUGCAGUUGAUGCCCUGGGAAGGGAGGUGGGGCGUCAGUUGCGGAGCAAGGAGUAAGAGGCCUGGGGUGGACAGACCUUGACUCUGGCCAGUUCAGCUCCGCUCUCCUCUCCAUGCAGCAACAGUAGCACUAUGUGCUCCAUUGGGGGCUAUCAGGGAGGGAUCUAUGGGAAGGGGUUUCAAGGGGGCAGUAAGUGGGGGGGGGGGUGUACUGGGAAGGGAUGGGAGGGCCCUAGGAGAGGCAGCUCAGAGCAGGACCAGGCUGGGCCAUGGCCACUCUCAGAGCUUUGGGUACUGCCUUUCCCAAGUGGAAUAGGUCGGGAUGUGGGGAGGGAAGAAGAAAAGGUAUUUGGGGCCCUAGAGCCUGCAACACUCCCUCCCUCAGGGUCAGGCAGGUGAGGCAGCAUGGGCAGAAGGGGGCCAGGCUAGGACUGGGGUUCUAGAGGCGAUAUAGCCCCUUUUUCCCCAUAGUGCCUCACUAGUGGGCACCAUACCUGAGGGCAUUUCACAGAGAUGAACAGGUUAAGCCAGGGGUGGGGGUGCAGCAGCAGCGUGGUCUCUGGUACUUUCAAGUAAAGCCCUGCAGUGCAGUAUGCUACUUAACUCCCUUCACUGCACCUACUGAGUUCUGAGAGGUGGGCGGGUCCAAGACCCUUUCCCCAGCCUAAGGGGAGGGGCAACAACCAAAUGAUACUGGGGGACAGCUAAUAAAAAAAACAGGGACAGGAUUGAGGAUAUAGGGCCCUAAGCAGGGAACUGGAGGGGGACAACGAGCAGAGUACCCCAGACGGCGCCUAUACUCCUCAAAGGGGUCUAGGGAGCCAGUGGAUGCAGCCUAGAGGAAUUCUGCCCGGCUGCGUGAUGGAAGGGAGGAGUGGAAAUAGGCCCCACAGUUGCAGAGCACUUCCCUGUCCAACAUCCUCUUCCUGGUGUUAUCCAGCGCCAAGAGGAGGUUGACGAGGAGGGCUGCUGACUUUGUGGGGCCAUGGAUAGGAGAUGCGGGGAAAAGUGCAGACAGAACCUUAGGAGAAGGUUAAGCCAGGGGUGGGGGUGCAGCAGCAGCGAGGUUUCUAGUAGUUUUAAGUAGUCCUGCAGUGCAGUAUGCAAUUUAACGCCGGUCAGAUCUACUCCAACCAAACAUAGGGAUGGGGAGGGAAUGGCUGGCUGUGCCUUGGGAGAUUGAACAGACAAAGGGUGGGACAUAGGCCCCUUAGACUGAAGCAGUCUUAUGUCGUCAUUCAUUUAAGGGGGGAGUGGGGGAGAGACUUCAGGUACCCUGUACCCAUUCACUGAUUGGAUCUCACUGAUUUAUUGUGUUUUGUAUUGUAGCCAUUUGUUUCCACCAUUCCUUGUUGCUAGUGGAAUCUGUUUUCUUAAAUAAAACUUUUAUUUCAUUACAA